GUGCCUGCACAAAGGACCCUGGGAUAGACAAGGGACUUACGCGUUUACGCUAACCACGCAGCUACGUAUACAGGCCACUGUCGGAUAAAUACAGGGGAAGGGAAGCGAAGAACGAAGCGAAAAUAACAAUUCCCAAGGGAUAAAAACGGGCAUAUUAUCAAGCAUGAAUGAUGACGAGAAAAGAAAGCUCGGAUGGAAAAGUAAAGAAAAGACUUACAAGUUGUCAGAACUGAAACGAGCACAAGUAGACCUGCAAGGACGGCCAACUGACUCCGACAGCUCGGACUCGGAGGAGGAAGAACAAUAUGCAGUGAAUUCUCCUUCACAACCGGUACCCAGAAAACCUACUCGCUCUCGGAAACCUUCCAAGAAAUCCGGGUCCCUCUUGGCAAAGAUCGGACUGUCGGUGCUCGGUGGUGUGGUAGCAGUUGCGGCCACACCGGUUUUGUUGGGCGCCGUGGGAUUCUCCGCCGGUGGGAUUGUAGCAGGGUCUUUGGCAGCGAAGGCUAUGUCUGUUGCCGCUAUUGCUAAUGGAGGCGGUGUAGCUGCGGGAUCGGUUGUGGCAGUCUGCCAGUCUGUUGGGGCAGCGGGUCUCGGACUCACUGGAGCUGCCACCGUGGGGACAACGGCGGUCGGGGUCACUUAUGGAGGGAUCACUGUGGCGGAGAAACUUACUAAACAAGACUAGUGAGGCGUAACUCCUUAAUUAUCAAUCAAAUCGCUUCAACAAUAUGUAAACUAAAAAUUAGUUGUCAUGUUAAUUAUUAACUGGAUAUAAAUCUUGAAGUAAAUACAAUUAUAUUGUAAACUGCA